GAUUGUAAUACCCUGCCAUUCCAAACCUCAAAUGCCAAUGGAUAGGGAUGUGUCAAAGCUGGACAAUUCUUUAUGAUACCAUAGGGUCUAGAGCCUGUCAGUUGUGUCUUUCACCAGAGCUUAAAAUAUUACAGGGACUUUUUUUCCAAGCUUUAGCUAAAAACUGUGACAUGUUUCCUUGGAUGGCACAUGGGUAUCAGAGUGAGAGUCAUGGUCAUCGCUCAUCAGAAAUACCAGGUGAUUACAGAGAGCCUGUUUACAGCAGCCAGCAACAACAUAGUUCAGGGCUGCAUACAGUUUACGAUGUUGCCAGCUUAUCUCAAAUGAGGCAUUACCCAGUUAGGUCUAUUUUGGAGCAUUCAAACCAGAGACAUUGUCACGCCUCUGACAAGCCUGUUAUACAUGCACAAACAGAGCAGCACAGACCACAACAGAUUCAGGGCUACGUAAUUUCAAACGUGGGAUCUCGAUUUCUGAGUUCUUCAGUUUCCCCGGUGAGUGUAUCAGAGCAAAUCAGAACCCGUCAGACCUGGGUGGACCAUCGGAUUGCUGCACAGCAGCUUUUUCAGGAAAGUGCAAACCGUUGCAGUCCUGUGAAUUCAAACUACACUCUGUCGACUGAUGCAUCACCCAUGCCCGGAGCUGCAUCUCAUACAAGUGCUACUAGAAACUCGAACACUGCUCAAGUCUUCAACUACAAUCACCGCCAUCAGGAAGAGGAGACGCUGAAAGAACAGAUACGGGCUAAUAUCUUACAGCAAAUAUAUCACUCACCACUGCAUCAUCCAGGCCAGCGAGGCACCACAACACUCCCUACCCACCCAACUCACUCUCACACUCCAAAACUAAGUGACUUAGAGAGAUGUAGAGACUAUAACUCUGAGCUGAACAGGCAAGCAGACACUCAUCUCAGGGAAGGCAGCAGUUCUGUCAUUGAUUGUACCUCAGAGCUUCAUCCACCAUUGAGUAGGUUCAGCCAUACUGCAGAUGUUCAUGCCUCUGUACUUCCCCAUUUCACCAGUCCUGAAGAAUCCACACAAGAUAGUCAUGAAAAUGACUUCAACUUGUCUUCACUUGGACAGGCUGACCAUGACCGAAAUCCUGACAUGAUACAAGGUUCAGGAUUGGUUUACAACCAGAGUCUGUCUUCAGCCAAAAGUGGAUCAAAGAGGCAAUCUAGUUUCCAAGAAGAUGUUGGUGGGAAAAAAAAGAGAAUGUCUGAUGAAGAUCGAAAAAAUGGACUGAAACGUUAUUCCCCUAGACAACAAAACUCCCCAGCAAGCCAGUCAUUAUCUGGUGAUGCUCUGCAGAGGGGAAUUGAAAGUUACCACGGCAAUGGAGCGAACUUUGUACCUCGCCAUGAGUUACCAAUCCCGAGCAGACGUGGUCUCUCUUCCAACAAGGAUACAUGUGAACAGAUCUCAAAAGCCAUCAUUAAGUAUUUCUUGGAGAAUCAACAAACGGAUGCUGUUAGUGCUAGGAAAAUGCAGCUAAGAGAUGCCUUGUCUAACAUUGUACAGAGUGUUUUUCCAUAUUCAGGAUUGUACAUAGUUGGCUCUUCCUUGAGUGGAUUUGGGACAAGGAAAAGUGACAUGGAUAUGUGUUUGAUGAUAUCUCAGAAAAAUAAUGUACAGAAAAGGGAAGCCAUUGACCUGCUAUACGCCUUACAGAAAUGUUUACGAAAGUGUUCAUUUGUUAAAAAUCUGGAGGUGAUCCCUGCCAGAGUGCCAAUCCUGAGGUUCAGAGACAAGAUAAGUGAUGUGGAGUGUGACCUCAAUGUGAACAACCUGGUAGGGAUCCGGAACACCCAUCUCCUGAAGCACUACGCCCUCAUGGACUGGAGAGUGAGACCACUUGGCUUGUUCAUUAAAUACUGGGCACGAUGCCAGAAUAUCAAUGACGCCAGAAACAUGACUAUUUCCAGUUACUCCUUUGCGCUGAUGUUGAUACAUUACCUGCAGUGUGGUUGUGCUCCUCCAGUUUUGCCUUCCUUACAAGUACGAUUCCCUAGUGAGUUCAACCCCAAGAGCGAUGUUUGUACGCUGAGACCAGUCACAUUGAACCACCACUCUCCAAACGACUUGUCAGUAGGAGAACUGUUUCUGGGCUUCCUCGAGUACUUCACCUUUACAUUUGAUUACAGGAGAGAUGCAAUAAGUGUGCGCCAGGGAAAAGUUUUGCCCAUUCAUGUGGUGCAGCGACAGACAGAGGACAAGAGGCAGUGGAGCUGUCUAUGUAUUGAAGAACCAUUUGAGCUGAGUAACACUGCCCGCUCUGUAUUUGACACAGACAAGUUCAAGCAAAUCCAGAAAGUGUUCCGAACUAGCUUUAUGAAAUUGGACAAAAAGAAAGAUGUAAAGUUGGUCCUUAGAAAGGUUUGGUAGUCCGGAGAUAUUUAAUUACAGAACUGUAAGCAUUAGAUUUUUCCUUUUGUGGAUAUUCUGUGUGAAAGUGAGGAGAAAAGUGUGACUGACGUGAAUUUGAAAAUUUUGAAUGAAACGUGUGAUAAUUUAAUAAGGAAACGUGAGGUAACAAUGUGAAAUAAACUGCGUAUCAGGUGUGAUUGUAUCAAGUUUCACGUUACAGUGUGUAGGAAAGUGUUGUUGUAUUGUGAAUACCACUGAAUAAUGCCCCUCCAAGAAAUCCUGUCAAGUUCAGUGUAUGGACAUCAUUCUGAAGGGCUAAGAAGCUGUUUGUGCUUUGUAUCCACCAAAAAUCUUUACAAAAAAUAUACGUUUUUGACAUCCAAAAUUACAGUGGCUGGUAUUUAGAAAGCACUUCACAGUGGUGAAAACACAUUGACAUGGUUCGAUUUGUUAUUCCAACUUCCACAUUAAUUAAUUCAUGUCAGUCAGCAAGUGUGAAUUUCACAUAAUUUUUGUAGUAUGAUACUUAUACAAAUCGUGUGAAAUGUCCUGUGAUGGUUUGAUUCAGAAGUUGCAAAUAGCUCUACAUGAAUGUGCAUUCACAGCUGCUGGAUAAGACCGGUAAAUAUUUCCACCUCAUUGAUACCUUAAGAUGCCUUAAAUCUCAAUAUCAUCCUUUGAUUAUUCAUAAAUUAGAUUAUGCGACACCUCAGGGUUUAGGGUGUGGCCUAAAACAUUUUGAUUUGAUUACUGUAAUUCUUUGCAUCAAAACUCAGUCUCAUAACAAUGGUGCUGAGUCAUAUCAUUAACCGUUUAUGUCAAGUAAAGAGAUGCAUGUUGUAGGUUUGUGAGCUUUUGUUUUACUCUUUUUUUAUACUGCGCUGUUAAAAUGGUAAAGUUGUGAAAUCCCCAAAAAUAUUUUUCAGCAGAUAACAACUCUACUUUAAGUUUCCUUUUAUAGUUCAAACUGUUUUAAGCUUUGUCUUUCAGUUAAAUUUGUCAUCUGUAAAUUACGCAGAUCUGUAAAACUAAAUAGCAGAUAGGCAACAUGUAUAUGGCGAGACAGAGAUAGUACCAAAAAUGUACAGAAAAGUGAUUUUAUCACAAAUGAUUUUACAAGUAAAUGUUCUGUAAACACAA